GGUACCCAUUUUUGCGUUUUCAAAUUCAGCGCCUGACUGUAACACCGACAAUUCUCGCUUUUACCGACCGAGGCAAGGCCACUUCCUUUUAUAUGGCGGACAUUGUGUUCGCUUGAUGUGCGAGACAAGUGAAAAGUAGAAUUAAGUUUUACAAAAAAUGUCGCUGGCCGCCGCGCGCCCCUUAGUGAGCGUGUACAAUGAGAAAUCCGAGGAGGUGAAGGGCGAGACCGUGGUCUUGCCGGCCGUCUUCAAGGCCCCCAUUAGGCCCGAUGUCGUCAACUUCGUGCACCAACAGCUCUCCAUGAACCAUCGCCAGGCCUACUGCGUUAGUGACAAAGCCGGCCACCAGACCUCUGCCGAGUCCUGGGGCACUGGCCGUGCCGUGGCGCGUAUUCCCCGUGUCCGGGGCGGCGGCACCCACCGCUCGGGACAGGGUGCGUUCGGGAACAUGUGUCGCGGGGGGCGCAUGUUCGCACCGACCAAACCAUGGCGUCGCUGGCACAGACGCGUCAAUGUUAACCAACGUCGGUAUGCUCUGGCUUCGGCUGUGGCCGCCAGUGGGGUCCCAGCUUUGGUCAUGAGCAAGGGGCAUGUCAUCGAUCAGGUGCCAGAGCUGCCGCUGGUGGUCUCCGAUAAGGUCCAAGAGAUGAACAAGACCAAGCAAGCCGUGCAGUUUCUGAGACGCAUCAAGGCCUGGGCUGAUAUCCAAAAGGUCUACAAGAGCCAGCGCUUCCGUGCUGGAAAGGGUAAAAUGCGCAACAGGCGCCGCAUCCAACGCCGAGGCCCUUUGGUGGUUUACCACAAGGAUCAGGGCUUGCGCCGCGCCUUCCGUAACAUCCCCGGAAUUGACUUAAUCAGCGUUGAAAAGCUCAACCUUUUGAAACUGGCUCCGGGUGGUCACGUUGGCCGUUUCGUCAUCUGGACCGAGUCGGCCUUCCAGAGACUGGACAAACUCUUCGGAAGCUGGAAAACUCCAUCAGCUGAGAAGAAGGGCUACAACUUGCCCCAACCCAAAAUGGCUAAUACCGAUCUGGCUCGUUUGUUGAAGGCUGAUGAAAUCAAGAAAGUUUUGCGUGUGCCACAGAAGAAGGUUGUACGUCGCGUGCGUCGUUUCAACCCGUUGGCCAACACUGGGGCUAUGUUGCGUCUCAAUCCUUACGCUGCAGUAUUGAAACGCCAAGCGAUUUUGUCAUCUCAAAAGCGUCAAGCUAGUAGGGAUGAAAUUUUGGCCAAGAAAAGGAAAAUAACUCUUCCGGAUACGUCACGUGUGGUCAGAUCCGCCAAAUUGCAAGCUAAAAGAAGAGAAGCUAUUCUAAAGGCCAAAUCUGGCAAAACGAAGAAAGCAACAAAGAAAGCUCCCGCUAAAAAAUAAAGAGAUUAGGAUAGUUCUUGUAUAAUUUUAUAUUGGGACUACCAUAAUCUUGGUUUAUUUGUAAUUAAAAAUAAAAAAGUUGUGGAUUA